ACAAAACAAGGUGAGAAAAAACUUGGUUCGUAAGUUUACCAGGCGUUCCUAGGGAUCCCCUCCAUUGCCUUCUCGCAACUACUGUGCCAUGAUACUCCGUCGCCUCUGUGCCCUUGUGCCACGGGGCCCUUCCAUCGCGACACCACGAAGGUUUUACUCGGCCCUAUUACAGACGAAAUUCGGACAGCCUGGUUUUGAGACGCACCCUUGGUCACUCAAAGCCGGUGAGGGUAAUUACAAUUCGACUUCUCUCCCAUAGCUAUCACAGCUACCCUUUGGCACCGAACGAAGCUGACCGUCACAGUCACUCCCGGAAUCUCAGCCCUUGAGUACGCCACGCGUAGGGCAAAGCUUGCAUCCGAACUUCCCGACGGCGCUGUAGCGGUUGUGCCGGCUGCAUAUGUUAGGUAUCGUUCUGGACCGGUGUUUUACCCGUUUCACCAGAACCCGGACUUUCUCUACCUGACGGGGUUCCUGGAGCCGGAGGCUUUGUGUGUUAUCGGUAUGUAUGCGGUGCUGUGUUGGGCCUUGUAGCGGUGGGAGGGAUGCUAAUCAGGCGAAGAAAAGACGGGGCCGGUUGGGAGUGGCCAACAUACCUUUCAUCUGUUUGUUCGGGGGAAAGAUAGCAAUGCUGAGUUAUGGGAUGGUCCGAGAUCUGGGGUUCAAGCCGCUCUAGAUAUGUUUAACGCAGAUGAGGUUUUUAGUCUUGCUUCUUGGGAGUUCUAAUGGGAUUGGCUAAUGGAUCAGGCGGGGGAUAUCGAACAUGCUGAACAUCAUUUACGCCCUAUACUCGAACGGGCGAGCACGGUAUAUACGGAUGCUACCCUACCAGCUGGAAAAACUUCUGGAUUUGCAAGGUUGAUUGCCCCACCGCCAACAGCUGCACCGGGAUCUUUGGCGCAGAUGCUUCAAGACAGAAGGGUCCUGCCGUUAAAGUGCUUUAUGCACAAGUUACGGGUUUUUAAGAGCGGGGCGGAACUAUCAAACAUGCGGAAGGCGGGACAGAUAUCUGGAAGAGCGUUCAAUAAGGCAAUUGCUGCGAAGGAACGGUUUACCAUGGAACGCGAUCUCUGGGCGUUCCUGGAAUACAAGUUUCGGAUCGGUGGUUGUGAGAAGGAGGCGUAUGUACCUGUUGUUGCGGGCGGGCAGGUUCGCUUCUCCUUCUGCUGUGCCUUCGCACGCUGAUGUGUUUAGAACUCGUUGCACAUUCACUAUACUAGGAAUGACGAUAAAUUGGGGUUUGUUCUACUCUGUCGAUCUGUUUCACUCGUGCUGAAAUAUUUCAGGGAAUCCGACCUUGUUCUUGUUGAUGCUGGCGGAGUACGGUCCCCUAGCCCUGCCGUUGCACCCAUCCCACUAAUGACCAUAGCAAUACGGGGGCUAUGUCACAGACAUAACUCGCACUUGGCCCGUCUCGGGAACCUUCACUCCAGCACAAAAGGAUCUUUACCAAGCCGUCUUGAAUGUGCAAAAGCGAUGUGUAUCCCUUUGUCAUGAGGGUGCUCGCGUGUCACUCGACGAGGUCCACGAAGUAUCAGAAAUGGAGCUGGAGUCCGAACUGAAAAGACUCGGUUUCGACCUGACUUCCUCUCGGUUGCGCAGCGUGCUUUUCCCCCAUCAUGUGGGACAUUACGUCGGGUUGGAUAUUCACGAUUGCGGAAGUUACUCCAAAAGCGGGAAGUUGCGGGCUGGGCAGUGUGUUACUGUUGAGCCGUAGGUCUCCCUUCCAAUAAUGCCUGUUAGCGAGCGGGUUGGUUGGUUGAGGUUGCUGUAAGCUGAUGGCGUAUGGGUAGAGGCGUGUACGUCCCUGACGACGUGCAAUGGCCAAAACACUUCCGGGGCAUGGGAAUACGAAUUGAAGAUACUGUCUGUGUGGGCGAUGAGGGGCCGGUGGUGCUAAGCGUUGAAGCUGUAAAAGAGGUUAGUCGCAGCCCCCUCUUUCCCUCCUACACCGCCCAUCCACCCUGCCUUUGU